AUGACAGAAAAUCCCCAGGCUAUGGAUGAUCCGGCGGCGGCGCGAGCUGCAGAGCAAGCACGUCUACGCAAGGAACGCCGAGAAGCUAAGAUCAAAGCUGGGGGAGCCGCACGACUGAGCAAGAUCACAGGAUUGGGAGGAGGCAUACAACGAGAUCCAGUACUACAACCGUCGUCAGAAACCAGUACGCCACAAGAAACCUCAACCACAUCAACUCCAAUCACAAAACCCACCCAGGCCUCAGAACAGCAUGGAGACCCGGACGAAGUCGACAUAUCGCAGCACUACUACGAACCGAAUACAACUGCUCGCCUGCCGCCAAGCGCCACCCCACCCAAUGACAUCUCCGAAGCUCAACUGCGGCAGAUGAUCCUCGGCCUCGAUCGUCAAUCCUCCGCCACCCCACCCCAACCGGGCCGGAACCCGCUCAACGGCCCCUUACCGCCGAUCCCCGGCGUAGAGGGCGUCGACGAAGACCCCAUGAUGAAGAUGCUUUCGCAAAUGAUGUCCGGCGGCAUGCCCGGCGGCGCAGGCGGUAACCCCUUCGCCGGGACACCUAUGGAGGGCCUCCUCGGCAGUCUAGGCGGCAUGAACCCCAACGCCAGCGGCGGCCCCGGCAACCCCAUGCAGCAAGCGCAACAACCCCCAGUCGACAAAAGCGCCAACCUCUGGCGCAUUCUGCACGCUGUAUUCGCGCUCGGCCUGGGCCUCUACGUCGCGCUAUCCACCACCUUCUCCGGCACGCUUACGGAGCGCGAGCACUCGGCCAUCAACACCACCCCGAUAGCGCGGAAACAGACAGCGUAG